UCAGAGGGAUUCGAGCAUGCGCAGUGUAUCAAUGAUUCGAAGUUGCGUUUUCUCGUCGUUUACGGCGUCCGGCUUGCGUUUCAGACAACUCGCCAUUCAUACAGGAGAAGUUCUAGAUAGUCACGUGAUCCGCAUUGGAGGGAAAACGUAUGAGCGUGAUCACGUGACCAACGUUUCGCCCGCUGUAAUCGACAAAGUAGAGAGGCAGCUGCACAGGCAAAGUGGCCAUCCGGUCAAUAUAAUAAAAAGUCGAAUUGAGAAUUACGUGCAGUCGAUGUUUAGAACGAGAGGUGGACUCUCUCCACUGUUUACAGCAAUAGACAAUCUUGGUCCAGUUGUGACUGUUGAGCAAAACUUUGACAGUCUUCUCGUGCCUAAGGAUCACGUCAGUCGGUCAAGAAACGACAACUAUUAUGUGAACUCAAAGAUGAUGCUGAGAGCUCACACAUCAGCCCAUCAGCGUGACAUCAUCAGGAGUGGCCUGAACGCAUUCCUCCUAUCAGGCGAUGUCUACAGACGAGAUGAGAUUGAUUCAACUCACUAUCCUGUCUUCCAUCAAAUGGAGGGCGUCAGACUAUUUACCAAAGACGAGCUUGUAGCGUUGUCUACUGACUGUGUUUCUAAUUUUGAGAUGUCGGAAUGCGGCAGUCAAGAGAUGGACGUGAAACAGGCGGAACACACGCUUGAAGCGAGUAAAUUGGUGGAGGUUAACUUGAAGGAGACUUUACUCGGAAUUGUCAAAGCUCUAUUUGGAGAUGUUCAGCAUCGAUGGGUUGCUACAACAUUUCCGUUUACUCAUCCGUCAUUGGAGUUAGAGAUUUGGUUCAACAACGAUUGGCUGGAGGUUGUAGGCUGCGGUGUGAUGAGACAAGGCAUUCUAUUGGAUGGUGGUGUGACUGAUCGGAUUGGAUGGGCAUUUGGUAUUGGUCUUGAUCGACUGGCAAUGGCUUUGUUUGGCAUCCCGGAUGUUCGGCUGUUGUGGAGUUCUGAUCCGAGGUUCGUUUUCCAGUUUAGAGACGCUGCUGAUGGUUCUGAUGUGGUGGUGCAGUUCAAGCCGUAUAGUAAGUAUCCUGCGUGUUAUAAAGAUGUGACGUUCUGGAUACCGUCGGAUUACAGUGAGAAUGAUUUCUAUGAACUUGUUCGUGAUUUAUGUGGAGAUUUGGUAGAAGAAGUAAAGCAGAUCGACGUAUUUCAUCAUCCAAAUACACACAGAACGAGCCAUUGUUAUCGCAUCAACUAUCGCUCAAUGGACAGAACUCUGACCAACGACGAAAUCAAUCAGCUGCAGGAGAAACUGCGUCAGGAAGUGCAGAGAAUUCUGAGGGUGGAACUGAGAUAGAUGAACAUGUCAACAUGUAUGUCAUUCUUACUGUCAAACAUCAUAAUAAUUAUUGAUUAUGACAAUCCUACUGACAUAUCGUAUUUCUUCAAUUAAAUGCCGGGGCGUUUAUUUUAAGCUAGAACUUCAACUGCGGCGUCUAAACAAGGGAGGCGUUUAUUCGAUGGUGGCGUUUAUUUUUUGAAGGCUUUAGGAAUGUAGGUGUACACGCUGUAGGUUUGACACCUUUUCAAGAGAACAACACUUACCAUACUGGU